CACCUACGUACAUGUACUAGCCUCAAGAAGAAAGCAACAUGAAAAUGGAAGAAGCGACAACCGAACUUGAGCGUGCUCAAGCCCUUAGUGUCACAAAUAAGCAAGGCGCAAUCGAAAUUCUUUACGGUCUUGUGAAGAAAGAUGUAAACUCAGAGGAAGAUGUGAAGACAAAAGAGCAGGCUAUCCUAGAUCUGGGAUCUCUUUUCUCCAAAACUGGGCAAGCAGAAGAGUUAGCAGGCCUGAUCAAAUUCACUCGGCCAUUCCUGAACCAGGUCAGUAAGGCCAAGGCAGCCAAGCUGGUGCGAGCCCUGGUCGAUGAGUUCCUUGACAUGGAGGCGGCAACAGGCAAGGAGGUUGGUCUCUGUCAGGAGUGCAUUGAGUGGGCCAAAGAUGAGAAGAGGACAUUCCUUAGACAAGCACUAGAGGCUCGGCUAAUAUCGUUGUAUUAUCAUACCAAAAACUACAGUGCAGCAUUACAGUUAGGCUCCAAUUUGUUACGCGAGUUGAAGAAGCUCGAUGACAAGGCUCUGCUGGUUGAAGUACAAUUACUGGAGAGUAAAGUCUACCACGCCCUCAGUAAUCUUCCCAAAGCCAGAGCUGCCUUGACAUCAGGUCGUACAACAGCCAAUGGUAUAUACUGUCCCCCCAAACUUCAGGCGGCCCUAGACAACCAGUCAGGCAUCCUCCACGCUGCCGAUGAGCGAGACUUUAAGACGGCAUACUCCUAUUUCUACGAGGCAUUUGAAGGAUAUGACUCCAUAGACAGUCCCAAAGCCAUCAUCGCUCUCAAAUACAUGUUACUCUGCAAGAUCAUGUUAAACCUGGCAGAUGAGGUACAGGCCAUAGUCAGUGGUAAAUUAGCACUGAAAUACGCGGGACCAAACAUAGAGGCUAUGAAGAGUAUAGCUCAAGCCAGUCAUAAACGGUCUCUUGCAGACUUCCAAAAGACAUUGUCUGUGUAUAAAACUGAGCUGGUAGAUGACCCCAUUGUGAAUGCCCAUCUCAAAACACUCUACGACAACCUUCUGGAGCAGAAUCUCUGCAGAAUUAUCGAGCCCUUCUCCAGGGUGCAGGUACAGCAUGUUGCCAAUCUAAUCAAAUUGCCAGUGGGUGUUGUAGAGAAGAAGUUAUCUCAGAUGAUUCUAGACCAGAAGUUCCAUGGUAUUCUGGACCAAGGCUCUGGUGUUUUGAUCGUGUUUGAUGAAUCCCCGGUGGACAAAACCUACGAGAGCGCCCUGGAGACGAUUCAGAGUAUGGGAAAGGUUGUUGACGCCCUGUACAACAAGGCCAAGAAACUCACAUAGAGCUCUGCAGCUGACACACACUGCCGCUACUGUUGGAGCGAUUUCUGUUGAAUUCUGAACUAGUGAGAGAGAGAGACUAUGUUGAGGAUGUUCGUGGAUUUCUGUAUGGACUUGACAAAUAGCAAUAGACGAACAUGAUGGGAGAAGCCAAUGUUAUCAGGCCUGAACAUUGCUUAGGCUGUCAGUAACAUUGUGGACAUGGCUCUUUAAGAUCAGAAAUAGGUGAUGGAUGAAUGAGCUGUAGUAAAACGGAUAAAGUGAAAAGUAAAAGGGUGGAAAAACCACCUGAAAACACAGCUGACUGUAGAGUCUUCACAGGUUUCAGUACACUAUAUCUGUUCACUGCUUGUCUGCAUGGGUUAUUUUCUGCUGUGGUAUUUCUCUUGCCUUUCCUUUUGAACCUGACUUCUUCCUGAAUGGGUAUUUUACAGACUUGUUUGUAAGCAUAUUUGGUUACAGCUUUGCCAUAUUUUUGAUUUAUUGCUUUCCUCAGUUAUAGCUCUCUUCAAUUAUAGGUCUUUGUCACAUAUCAUUAUCAAAUAAUGGUAGGCUAUGUUUAAGACAGUGUAACGCAUCAAUGUUUUGGUAACUGGAAUGGUAAACAUGGAGAAUUACUGAAGGGUUAUUUAGUCAAUUGACCAGCUGGUGGCAUUACCCUCUCCUAUCUUUCCUAAAGAGCGACGGAACAAGUAUCAUUUACACUUACACAUUUACACAGUUUCCGGCUUAACACCUGCAGUUGGUCCUGCUGCUAUGUCUAAAUUAACACUAACCUGUUUUAACAAAACACCCACAUUGCUGUCCUCUAACUUUGUGAAUGUGACUUAUUUGCAGGAAGUGUUUUGGAGGGGGGGAGGGGGGGGCAGUGUUUGGUCAAGCUGACAGUAUCUGCCCUCAGCUGGCAAUAUCUCUCAGCUUAACCAGUUCAUACAGUGGUCUAUUAGACUCGACUGAGCCCCAUGCAGAUAUAAAGCUAGCAGCCACCCUGUUUUCCGUUAUGAAAGCCUCAGAAUUACAUUGUAUAGUUCAUAUUAUAUGAUGUCUGAUGUAAUGUAUUAUUGUC